UAGCCAAAGUAUCGGUGGUCGUUUAAUCGCCCAGCUAUUGCUAGUUUGUAUCGGUAGCGUUAGUCAGCUAAAUGACAGAUCCAGGUUUAAGGCCACCCAGCGUUUGACGUUGGUCGCUUGUCUGUCGUCAGUAUUUUGGCAAGGGUCAGACUAGCUUGGUUUGUUUGGCUAAGUGUUGUUUUUCUGAUCAGCCAGACAUAGUUAGCCUUGACAGACAUGUUGUAGAGUUGUUUGGUUUAUUUGCUGGAAGUUACAGUUAUGAUUUGGCGCGGAUGUCUUAUUAAGCUAUUUUAGGAUAAAACCCUCGCAUAGGAUGACGCAUUUCCAACUUCUGAAACAUCUUUGAGUCAUACGUUUAUAAGGUCCGAGACCGGACGAGGCAAUAGCAGGUGGAGAGAAUGCAGAGGUUCUUGUGCACUAGAGCUAUGACGCGGGCUGCUGCCCUGCACCGCCUGCUCCUAGGGCCUCCAUCCUGGGCCAGCAGAUCCCUGACCAGACCCCGGGUCCCUCCCAGGCUGAUCUGCAGCCCUUGCUAUGUAAACACGACAGCGGCGGCCUGGACUUUAGCCCCGCAGAAAGCCAGCUCGGGUGGGGCCGAGCAGCCACAGAAACCCCCCGAACAGCAGGAACCAGAACCAGAACCAGACCCCCUGCAUGACAAGUCCAUGGGCUUGGUGCAGAGGUUCAAGAGGACCUUCAAGCAGUACGGCAAGGUGAUGAUACCUGUGCACCUGCUGACGUCCUCUGUGUGGUUCGGGACAUUCUACUAUGCUGCCAUGAAGGGAGUGAAUGUAGUGCCAUUUCUGGAGUAUAUCGGAUUUCCCGACAAGCUUGUUAAACUUCUAGAAAAUUCUCAAAGUGGCUACGCUCUGACUGCAUACGCAAUGUACAAGAUUGCCACUCCAGCGAGAUACACCGUGACUUUGGGUGGAACAUCACUCUCGGUGAAGUAUCUGCGGAUGCAAGGCUACAUGUCCACUCCUCCACCUGUCAAGGAAUACCUUCAGGAGAAGAUGGAGGAAACAAAAGAGAGGUUCUCUGAGAAAAUGGAGGAGACCAAGGAUCGCUUCUCCGAGCGGAUGGAAGAAACCAAGGAGAAGUUCUCUGAGAGACUGCAAGAGACCAAAGACAAAGUGGCUUUUCGUAAGAAAACCGAGUAGGUCUCCGUCUUUUUUCUUGUGCUGGUCUGUGGAAGGCCAUACUAAAAAAAAAUGACUGAAGGCUAUAGAACCUUGCACUAUAAAGACUGAAUUGAAUCAGAUGCCUCAACAUAAUCAGUAGUCAAACCACAUACACACACACACACACACACACACACACACACACACACACACACACAGAAACACACACAGACACAUUACUGCAAAACUGCUGCUCACUUGGCACAUUUGGGAAAGAAUAUUGAAGUUAGUUAUGAGGAAUUGCUACAUGUGCUUCUAAGAAGUCAUGUUGAUAAGAUUGCCCCUCUCUCCCCCUCCAAUCCUGCACCCUCAUUCAUAGGAAGUGCUUUCAUGGUCACUAUUCACUUCAGCUGUAGUGUUUAAACAGGUCUGUUAUGGUGCUCACACCACAUUUUCAGAGAUCUCCUGUUCUUGAGCAGACAACAAGUGCGAUUGUCCUCAGAUAUAUUUGAAAGGCAGAGAAUUAUUAUUUGUGUUUGUUAACAAGCUAAGAGAGUGACUUAAUGUCUGGAACCAGAUGAUUAAAAUAGCUUGUGUGUUUAUGUGUGUGUGUGAGAUGUUCCCAUGUUUUGAUGGUACAUAUUGCACACUUUAAGCGAUGACCGUGGUGUCGUUUUUUUCUUGUGUGCGGUGACGGUCCGAACCAUUGAAUCCAUCUCCAUUUGUGUCCUGUUCUUCAAGAAUUCUCACUCAUGAAAAUAAUAUAAGGCAGAAUUAAACUUCAGAUGUACUGAAUUAGUGUAAGUAAAUGGUGUGCCGUAGUCACAAGAUUGCGUAUCUCUUAAAUGCUAUAAAAGAGUUACAGUAAGUUUCCAUUUACCACAGAAUUACUAUCAAAUUACUUAAUUUACCAAUUAAAUGUUUAAUAAUGAUUUUUUGUUUUCUUUACUGUAACAGUUAUUCUCUGCUAACAGGGUUUAAACUAUGGACAGCCCAAAUGUUUACUUUCAUAGCCCAAAUUGUACUCUGUUUGUCCGUGAUGCCAUAUAAAGUCUUGUGAGUGCAAAUGUUAAUUUAGUUGUGGCAAAACGGUGUUUCACUGAGGUCGUCAGGGCAACCCAGCCUUCAAUUUCUUACCUAGCCUUCAAUUUCUAAGCCUUCUAUAUCCGUGUUUAUGAUUUUUGUCUCCACAUCCUUACAAAUAAAUCAAUUAUUUAUUUUAGUCAGUUUUACCAUUUUUAUGACAACCCUCCCAGCUGGUUUGCCUAUGAGAGAAUGAGCCGUGGCUUAAAUCGAAUGGCCGAUUUGGCCUGGCCAGCCAGGUGUUUCAUACAGCUGACAAGUUGCCAUGCAGGGAUCUGUUCAGGUGAAUGUGGUCUGUCCUGACUAAAUAAAGAUCAACGAUGCACAAAA